UGCUAAAUGAAUAAAUAACGAAUAAGAAUACACGGCACUUAUACGGCGUUACUACUUGCAUAAUAUACUGAUACUGAAAUUCGUUUCCAAGGCUCCAUUCAUAGUAAUCAUAUACAUGUAUGUUGAUGUGUGUUAAAUGCUUGGUGGAUGUGAAACGAAACAGCCAAGUGUAGAGUGAAACGUUAAAUAAUUCAAUACAAAAAUUGCUUCGAAUCCCUGUACAAGUGUCAGGAUUUUGUUCUUCUUCGUACUAUGUUCACUGAACAUUUCUUAUCAUAAAUUUCAAAUUUUUUACUACGCAGAAUUAAAAAUAUAACCUAUAGACUGUUGGAUAAUGAAUAUUAAUUUCAACAAUGGAGGAAGAUGGUAGUAAAAGGAUAAGAGGUAGAACUCGUGGUAGAGCACGUGGCAGAACAAGAGGAAGGGCUAGAGGUAGAUCCAAAAAAGCUGUAAAGGUCAUAGAAAGCGAUGAAGAGGAUACACCGCAACAAGUAGAAGAAACUCUACCAGAAGGAGGCGGAACAGAAAUAGAAGAGCAUGAAGCACCACCGACGCAACAGGCUCCUUUGGAGCAACAGUUCGAUUUGGAAGCUGAUAUAUCGCAACUGGAAGCUCCAACUUUCACAACAAUUAACAGAGGACCUCCUGAACCUAUGCUUCGUUUGAGAUGGGACCACAGAGUGAACCUCAUUGGAGAAAAAGUGCUGAAUCCUAUGAUACAUUGCUGUGACAAGUGUUUGAAACCAAUCCUUAUCUAUGGGCGCAUGAUACCAUGCAAACAUGUGUUUUGCUUAUCUUGUGCCAAAAGAGAAGAUAAGGUGUGUCCUCGUUGUAUGGAGAAAGUUUCUAGAGUAGAGCAAACAGGCUUAGGGACUGUAUUUAUGUGUACACAUGGAGGCACUAGAUAUGGAAAUGCAGGCUGUAGGCGUACAUAUCUUAGUCAAAGAGAUUUACAGGCUCAUAUAAAUCAUCGACAUAUAUCAGCUCCACCACAACAAGUUCAAGGGAUGCAAGUUGAUCCUCCUCAAUACGUGCAUUCUAAGUCAGAAAUAGAUUCUCAGUUGACGAAAGUUUCCUCGGUCGCUAUGCAGAAUACGCGUAUAAAAUCGGUGCAGUCUCAUAUGGUCCCACCUAUAAUGGGAAACGACCCUAGGGUGAAUUCCUUGGUUAAUCAACCACCGGUAGAGCACAGACAACAACACAGGCCGCAGUCACUGAUAUCGAUGCAAAAUUAUAAUCAAAAUUCCGCACCUCCGCCACCGAACAACGCUCCACUGAGAACGAACCUCAUCACUGUACCUAUACAAGAUACGUCAAUGACAGCGCAUGAUAUACACCAGCAACAAAGUCAUCAUUAUUAUCCUCCUCCACCUCCACAAGUUAAUUACGGAGGAUAUAACGUGCCACCUCCUGUUUCUCAAACGCAACAAUAUUAUCCGCAACCCCAGCAUCCCGCUCAGGUAUCUUACGUACCACCACCGCCGCCGCAACAACAACAGUAUGUUUCUUCGACACCGACCUCGAUACGGCCAUCUCCAACAGGAUACAUACAAGAUCCGUCAUACGGUCCGCCACCUCCGCAACAACCACCACCACCACCACAGACUCAAUGGUCGCAGCAUCAGCAACAAUUUUAUAGGUAAACGAAAUAUGUACAUUUAUUGUGAAAAGUUGUACAAUAUGAAUUGUGAUAAAGAUUAUUUAGAAGCGAUAAAUGAAUUGACAAUGGUAACGACUACUAUUUAUUGAGAAUUCGCUGCCACCAUUAAAUGAUAUCGAACUAUUUUAUACUUUUGAAAAACUAUAAUUGUAACAUUCAGUCGUUACAAUUAUAUGAUAUAGCAAUAAAGUUGUUUUAAUUUUA